UUUGAAGAACCCCAGAUUUGAUCAAACCAAAAAUUUAGGCCAAGAAGAAUGAGUUCAUCAAAGAGAACGACGAAGUUGGAAGUUGAAUCACCAGUGCCAGCUGACAUAGAUAUUGCAAACUCGGUUGAACCAUUUCAUAUUUCUGAGAUUGCUAAGGAUCUUAAUCUCAGUCCCAACCAUUAUGACCUUUAUGGCAAAUACAAAGCCAAAGUGUUGUUAUCCGUACUCGAUGAACUUGAACAAAGCGACGACGGAUAUUAUGUCGUGAUUGGAGGGAUUACUCCAACUCCUCUUGGAGAAGGCAAGUCCACUACUACUGUUGGGCUGUGUCAAGCUUUGGGUGCUUAUCUUGAUAAAAUGGUCAUUACAUGUCUUCGCCAACCUUCACAAGGACCGACUUUUGGAAUAAAAGGCGGUGCAGCUGGUGGAGGCUACAGUCAGGUGAUCCCGAUGGAUGAAUUCAAUCUUCAUCUAACCGGAGAUAUUCAUGCAAUAACGGCUGCAAACAAUCUACUUGCUGCUGCCAUUGAUACUAGGAUCUUUCAUGAAUCAACCCAAUCAGACAAGGCUCUUUUUAAUCGAUUAUGUCCGCCAAAUAAACAAGGAAAAAGGAAAUUCAGUGAUAUCAUGUUUAGACGACUGAAGAAGCUUGGUAUCACUAAAACACAGCCUGAGGACCUUACACCUGAAGAAGCUGCAAAAUUUGCUAGGCUUGAUAUUGACCCGAAUUCUAUUACGUGGAGAAGAGUGAUGGACGUAAAUGAUCGCUUUUUGAGGAAAAUCACUGUUGGCCAAGGCCCGGAAGAAAAAGGGAUGGCGAGGGAAACAGGAUUUGAUAUUUCAGUUGCUAGUGAAAUAAUGGCAGUUUUAGCCCUGACAACAUCUCUCGCUGAUAUGAGAGAGCGGCUCGGAAAAAUGGUGAUCGGAAAUAGUAAGGCUGGUGACCCUAUAACUGCUGAUGAUCUUGGCGUCGGGGGUGCUUUAACAGUGCUCAUGAAGGAUGCCAUUAACCCUACUCUGAUGCAGACCCUCGAGGGAACCCCUGUUCUUGUACAUGCCGGCCCGUUUGCAAACAUUGCUCAUGGUAAUUCAUCUAUUGUUGCUGAUAAAAUUGCAUUGAAGCUGGUUGGACCGCAAGGGUUUGUGGUCACCGAAGCAGGUUUUGGUGCCGAUAUUGGAACAGAAAAGUUCAUGAACAUCAAGUGUAGAUACAGUGGUCUAAGACCUCACUGUGCUGUUAUCGUGGCAACAAUAAGGGCCUUGAAAAUGCAUGGUGGCGGACCAGAGGUUGUUGCAGGGAAGCCUCUCGACCCUGCUUACUUAAGCGAAAACAUUCCUUUGGUUGAAGCUGGUUGUGUUAAUUUGGCCAGGCAUAUUGUAAACACUAAGGCCUAUGGUGUAAAUGUUGUUGUUGCUGUGAACAAAUUCUCAACCGACACUGAAGCAGAAAUGAAUGCUGUUAUACAUGCAUCUAUGGCUGCUGGAGCAUUUGAUGCUGUAAUCUGUACCCAUCAUGCUCAUGGUGGUAAAGGAGCGGUCGAACUUGGAGUUGCAGUUCAAAAGGCCUGUGCGAGUGUGAAUCAGCCGCUAAAUUUCCUGUAUCAUUUGGAUAUUAGUAUAAAAGAGAAAAUCGAGGCGAUUGCAAGGUCAUACGGUGCCAGUGGGGUCGAAUACUCCGAACAGGCUGAGAAACAGAUUGAGAUGUACACCAAACAAGGGUUUUCCGGUUUACCAAUCUGCAUGGCGAAAACGCAGUACUCAUUUUCGCACAAUGCGGCACAGAAGGGUGCACCAAGCGGAUUUAUCUUACCGAUAAGGGAUGUGCGAGCCAGUAUAGGAGCCGGCUUCAUUUAUCCUUUAGUUGGUACAAUGAGCACGAUGCCAGGACUACCAACAAGGCCAUGCUUUUACGAAAUCGAUCUCGACACCACCACCGGAAAGGUUAUUGGUCUUUCAUGAAAGCUCCGUUGAAAUCUCGCGAGAGACCAGGUUUGAUUCUCUAAGAAACUUUGCCUGAGGGCUCGUUGAGCACGUGCAUUUGGUUCUUGGUAUUUCUGUUGGUUAGUGUUUAGAGUUGUUAUCCGUGUUACUUUAUCGCGAGGUUGAACACUUGUGAAAAAUACUGAAUCUGGGUUUUAAUCAUCUCUUUCAGUCUGGAAUAAAAUCUGUCUCUCUCUCUCUCUCUC